AUGACACCAUCCUCCUCGGCCUUCUCCCGUCGAUAUUUAACCUCUUCAUCCAAAUACGCCAACUUACACGUCAAUGCUCGUCCUGCUGAGCCUUCUAUUGCCAUUACAAAACUAGCUACCCAAGGUCGACCGAACGAAGCAUUAGCAGUCUAUUUGCAGCUAAUUCAAGACGGUGGGUUUCCUAGCCGAGAAUCACUUUACCAAUUGACAAGAGCGUUAUACAAAUCAUCCAACUUGCAAGGAAUGUAUGCGAUUCAUGAUACCCUUAUUUCUUAUUACAGCAUCCACCCGGCGUCCAACAAGAGUGCUCGAUCCAUGAUUUACAUGUAUACCAUGCUGAUCAAUCUCAUUGCGAAACACAAACCUGUCAAUUUCGAUACAAUACGAGCUUUGUGCAAAGAAAUGUCUCAAUUCACUACCACCAGUAACAUUGUGCUGUACAAUACGCUGAUCAAGACACUGCUGGACAACAAUCAAGUGACGCAGGCACAUGCCCUAUUCAAAGAUCUGCUCUGCAACACGACACUGAAUCCCACGAUUAGCACUUAUACCAUUUUGAUGAAGGACGCAUCGAAACGAAGAGAAUACAGCCGAAUAUUGGACUAUUUGGAGGAGAUACAGUCGAGAAGGAUCAUUAUGAACUAUGCGGUUGUGAGUAUUGUAACGGAUGCCUUGUGUGAUAUCAAGGAAUUUGACAAGGCAAUUCAUGUGGUGAAUGCGAUACAUCAUCCGAGAAAGAAGGACGAACUGAGCAGCCCGAAAUAUAGACUGCAACUGCUGAAAUCAAUAGAGGCAAGGCAGAGCAUGGCAAAUUUGAAAAAGAAAAAGAGGAGAAAGAAAGACAAUCAUGAGGAAGAUCCAUAG